AUGGAAAUAACUCGUGAGAUUUCGGUUCUAUUUGAAUCCGAAUCUUUUGAACAAAUAGCACAAAUUAUUCAAGAUAAUAAAGAGCUUACUUUACAAGAAAAAAAAUAUAUUAAAGAUACAUUCAUUAAAGGAAGAAAUGUACAUGGAAGAAAGACAAACAUGCUAAAUGCAUUAUGCGUUCGUUGCCAAUCUGAGCUGUCUGCUGAAUUUUCUUGCCUCGAAUCAAGUGGAGGAUUUGCAAACGUAUAUAUUGCCAAGUGGAUGGAUGGUUCAAUAAUUAGUUGGGAUGCGUAUAAACAAAAGUUUUUAAGAGGUAUGCCUGGUCCGGUUAUAUUGAAAUCCAUGAAAAAUCCUGAAAACCAUAGUGAGAACUUUUACCAAGAGAUAUUGGUUCAUAUUACAGUUUCUUUGGACUGCCCGUACAUUGUUUCAUGCUAUGGUUUGACCAAGGAACCAGAAAGUGGUAAUUUUAUGAUGAUUUUGGAAUACCUUUAUGACGGAGAUUUAAAAGAUUUUUUAAAAAAUAAAGAUAUUACUCUUUCAUGGAGAACAAGAUAUUCCAUACUUCAUAAUAUUGUUUCUGCACUUUCGAAAAUGCAUCUUUAUAAUAUUUUGCACGGAGACAUUCACCCUGGAAACAUUAUAUCAUCUAGAAAUAUGUGGUGUGUCGGUGAUUUAGGGCUUUCAAUUAAUAUAUGUAAUAGUGUUCGUCCUGAAAUUAAUUGCAAACUUCCAUCUGACUAUGAAGAAAUGAUGAAAAGAUGUUGGAAUUCUGAUAGUUUAAGUAGACCAAAUGCAUCUGAGCUUUUAAAAUUUUUGACAACUAAUUUACAAAAGAUAUACAAGAAUGAAUUGAUUAUCCCAGAAUUAGAUGAAAACUUAACUUCUUCACUGUUUACAUCAGACAUUGAUCUUAUUCCAAAAAUCAUUAAUACAG